AAAAGGGAAUUUCGUCCCAAAUAAAAGGAAUGAAGUCUGGCUCCGGUGGAGGGUCCCCGACCUCGCUGUGGGGGCUCGUGUUUCUCUCUGCCGCGCUCUCGCUGUGGCCGACGAGUGGAGAAAUUUGCGGGCCCGGCAUUGACAUCCGCAACGACUACCAGCAGCUGAAGCGCCUGGAAAACUGCACAGUGAUCGAGGGUUUCCUGCACAUCCUGCUCAUCUCCAAGGCCGAGGACUACCGAAGCUACCGCUUCCCCAAGCUCACAGUCAUCACCGAGUACUUGCUGCUGUUUCGAGUGGCCGGCCUUGAGAGCCUGGGAGACCUCUUCCCCAACCUCACGGUCAUCCGUGGCUGGAAACUCUUCUACAACUACGCACUGGUCAUCUUUGAGAUGACCAAUCUCAAGGAUAUUGGACUUUAUAAUCUGAGGAACAUCACUCGGGGGGCCAUCAGGAUCGAGAAGAACGCCGACCUCUGUUACCUCUCCACCAUAGACUGGUCUCUCAUCUUGGAUGCAGUGUCCAAUAACUACAUUGUGGGGAACAAGCCCCCAAAGGAGUGUGGGGACCUGUGUCCAGGGACCUUGGAGGAGAAGCCCGUGUGCGAGAAGACCACCAUCAACAAUGAGUACAACUACCGCUGCUGGACCACAAAUCGCUGCCAGAAAAUGUGCCCGAGUGUGUGCGGGAAGCGAGCGUGCACCGAGAACAAUGAGUGCUGCCACCCGGAGUGCCUAGGCAGCUGCCAUACACCUGACGACAACACAACCUGCGUGGCCUGCCGACACUACUACUACAAAGGCGUGUGCGUGCCUGCCUGCCCACCCGGCACCUACAGGUUCGAGGGCUGGCGCUGUGUGGACCGCGAUUUCUGCGCCAACAUCCCCAACGCCGAGAGCAGCGACUCAGACGGCUUUGUCAUCCACGAUGGCGAGUGCAUGCAAGAAUGUCCCUCAGGCUUCAUCCGCAACAGCACCCAGAGCAUGUACUGUAUCCCCUGUGAAGGCCCCUGCCCCAAAGUCUGUGGCGAUGAAGAAAAGAAAACAAAAACCAUCGACUCAGUUACGUCGGCUCAGAUGCUCCAAGGAUGCACCAUCUUGAAGGGCAAUUUGCUUAUUAAUAUCCGGCGGGGCAAUAACAUUGCCUCAGAACUGGAGAACUUCAUGGGGCUCAUCGAGGUGGUUACCGGCUAUGUGAAGAUCCGCCAUUCCCACGCUUUGGUCUCCUUGUCCUUCCUGAAGAACCUUCGUCUAAUCUUAGGCGAGGAGCAGCUCGAAGGGAACUACUCCUUCUAUGUUCUGGACAACCAGAACUUGCAGCAGCUGUGGGACUGGAACCACCGGAACCUGACCGUCAGGUCGGGGAAGAUGUACUUUGCCUUCAAUCCCAAGCUGUGUGUCUCUGAAAUUUACCGCAUGGAGGAAGUAACAGGGACAAAGGGCCGCCAGAGCAAAGGGGACAUAAACACCAGGAACAAUGGAGAGCGAGCUUCCUGUGAAAGUGACGUUCUCCGUUUCACCUCCACCACCACCUCAAAGAACCGCAUCAUCAUAACAUGGCACCGCUACCGGCCCCCAGACUACAGGGAUCUCAUCAGCUUCACAGUCUACUACAAGGAGGCACCCUUUAAAAAUGUUACGGAAUAUGACGGGCAGGAUGCCUGUGGCUCCAACAGCUGGAACAUGGUGGAUGUGGACCUCCCUCCCAACAAGGAGGGGGAGCCUGGCAUUUUACUGCAUGGGCUGAAGCCCUGGACCCAGUAUGCUGUCUAUGUCAAAGCUGUGACCCUCACCAUGGUGGAAAACGACCAUAUCCGUGGGGCCAAAAGUGAGAUCUUGUACAUUCGCACCAAUGCUUCAGUUCCUUCCAUUCCUCUAGAUGUACUUUCGGCAUCAAACUCUUCCUCUCAGCUGAUUGUGAAGUGGAAUCCCCCAACUCUGCCCAAUGGUAACUUGAGUUACUACAUCGUGAGGUGGCAGCGGCAGCCACAGGAUGGCUACCUGUACCGGCACAACUACUGCUCCAAAGACAAAAUACCCAUCAGAAAGUACGCGGAUGGCACCAUUGAUGUGGAAGAGGUGACGGAGAAUCCCAAGACGGAAGUGUGUGGUGGUGACAAAGGGCCUUGCUGUGCUUGUCCCAAAACUGAAGCCGAGAAGCAGGCUGAGAAGGAAGAGGCCGAGUACCGCAAAGUCUUUGAGAAUUUCCUGCACAAUUCCAUCUUCGUGCCCAGACCCGAAAGGAGGCGGAGAGAUGUCAUGCAAGUAGCCAACACCACCAUGUCUAGCAGAAGCAGGAACACCACAGUGGCUGACACCUACAAUAUCACAGACCCAGAAGAACUCGAGACAGAAUACCCUUUCUUUGAGAGCAGAGUGGAUAACAAGGAGAGAACUGUCAUCUCCAACCUCCGGCCUUUCACUUUGUACCGCAUCGAUAUACACAGCUGCAACCACGAAGCCGAGAAGCUGGGCUGCAGUGCCUCCAACUUCGUCUUUGCGAGAACCAUGCCUGCAGAAGGAGCAGAUGACAUUCCUGGACCAGUGACCUGGGAGCCAAGACCUGAAAACUCCAUCUUUUUAAAGUGGCCAGAACCUGAGAACCCCAACGGACUGAUUCUAAUGUAUGAAAUAAAGUACGGAUCACAAGUCGAGGAUCAGCGGGAAUGUGUGUCCAGGCAGGAAUACAGGAAGUACGGAGGGGCCAAGCUUAACCGGCUAAACCCAGGGAACUAUACAGCCCGGAUUCAGGCCACCUCUCUAUCCGGCAAUGGGUCCUGGACAGACCCUGUGUUCUUCUAUGUCCCAGCCAAGACGACGUAUGAGAAUUUCAUGCACCUGAUAAUUGCUCUGCCGGUCGCCAUCCUGCUGAUUGUGGGGGGACUGGUCAUCAUGCUGUAUGUCUUCCAUAGGAAGAGAAAUAACAACAGGUUGGGCAAUGGAGUGUUGUAUGCCUCUGUGAACCCCGAAUAUUUCAGUGCAGCGGAUGUGUACGUUCCCGAUGAAUGGGAAGUAGCUCGAGAGAAGAUCACCAUGAACCGGGAGCUUGGACAAGGGUCCUUCGGGAUGGUCUAUGAAGGAGUGGCCAAGGGUGUGGUCAAGGAUGAACCUGAAACCAGAGUAGCCAUCAAGACAGUAAAUGAGGCUGCAAGUAUGCGUGAAAGAAUUGAAUUUCUCAACGAGGCUUCGGUGAUGAAGGAGUUCAACUGUCACCAUGUGGUCCGGUUGCUGGGGGUGGUAUCCCAAGGCCAGCCUACCCUGGUCAUCAUGGAACUCAUGACACGUGGAGAUCUCAAAAGUUAUCUCCGGUCUCUAAGACCAGAAGUGGAGCAGAAUAAUCUAGUCCUAAUUCCUCCAAGUUUAAGCAAGAUGAUCCAGAUGGCUGGAGAGAUUGCAGAUGGCAUGGCGUACCUCAACGCCAACAAGUUCGUCCACAGAGACCUGGCUGCUCGGAACUGCAUGGUAGCUGAAGAUUUCACAGUCAAAAUUGGAGAUUUUGGUAUGACACGAGACAUCUAUGAGACAGACUACUACCGGAAAGGAGGGAAGGGGCUGCUGCCCGUGCGCUGGAUGUCUCCUGAGUCCCUCAAGGACGGAGUCUUCACCACCCACUCAGAUGUCUGGUCCUUUGGGGUCGUCCUCUGGGAGAUUGCCACACUGGCUGAGCAGCCAUACCAAGGCUUGUCCAACGAGCAAGUUCUUCGCUUCGUCAUGGAGGGCGGCCUUCUGGACAAGCCGGACAAUUGCCCUGACAUGCUGUUUGAACUCAUGCGCAUGUGCUGGCAGUACAACCCCAAGAUGCGGCCCUCCUUCCUGGAGAUCAUUGGCAGCAUCAAGGAUGAGAUGGAGCCCAGCUUUCAGGAAGUCUCCUUCUACUACAGCGAGGAGAACAAGCCUCCCGAGCCAGAAGAGCUGGAGCUGGAGCUGGAGCUGGACCCCGAGAACAUGGAGAGCGUACCGCUGGACCCCUCGGCCUCCUCAGCCUCCCUGCCUCUGCCCGAAAGACACUCGGGGCACAAGGCCGAGAACGGCCCAGGCCCCGGAGUACUGGUCCUCCGUGCCAGUUUCGAUGAGCGACAGCCUUACGCUCACAUGAACGGGGGACGCGCCAACGAGAGGGCUCUGCCUCUGCCUCAGUCUUCGACCUGCUGAUCCUCAGACGCGGAAGCACAUGCAAACAGUAACGUGUGCGCCCACUCGGUGCGCAGGGGGAGAGCAGGCCGUAACAAUCUAUUCACAAGCCUCCUGUACCUCAGUGGAUCUUCAGAACUGCCAUUGCUGCCCACGGGAGACGGCUUCUCUGCAGUAAACACAUUUGGGACCUCCCUUUUUUCAAUAUGCAAGCAGCUUUUUAUUUCCCUACCCGAAUCCUUAACUGACAUGGGCCUCUGCAAACCUUAAUGACAACACUUAAUAGCAACAGGACACUCGAGAACUGAGUCUCCUCAUUCUAUACCUUUCUCUCUCUUCUGCCUUCCCUCUCUCCUCUCCCUCUCUUCCUCUCUUCCUUCUCCUUUUUCUGCUUUACAAUGGAAAAAUUGUUUGCUGAAAGCCCAGCCGGGAAGCCUUCUUUUUCUUUUUUCUUUUUUUUUUUUAAUCAGAUUGACUUAAUGGCUGUCCCUGGGGCUCCUCCUCACCCCAUACACACCUGCCUGACACCAUAGGUCUUUACAAAAAAAGAGAGAGAGGAGAGAGAGAAAAUGCACACACUGAGAUGGAAUUUUUUAACUGUAUCUUUAACCUUUUUAGGGUCAUCUGAAAUUUUCAAAGGGCCAUUGUUCAUCCACAGUUGUUACCAUUUUCAUGCCGCCAGAUUUUGCCAAAACCCUAUAUUUUUCUUUUUUCUCAUGCGCACUCCCUGCGCUGAUCUCCUUUUGUCCAGAGGCAUAGGGUGAAACUCGGCAUCAAGUUAAUAAUAUCACUCCAGAGACACGCUGGCGAUGCCUCCGCUGUGUCUCGGCGUGCCCUUGUGGCCACAUCCCCCUGGGUCUCGUCGCUCUGUGACGACUAGGUUACCGUUUGGGAGAACUGAGCAAGAUGGAGCCUGCCCUCAUUGGAGAAGGGGCAGGCUGACCUGGCUCCCCCACCCCCACCCACCCACCCACCCACAGCACCCCAGGAAUGCUGGAGCAAGUGGCCAUGAGCAAGCCUGAAGGUCAGGUUGUGGGUCAAGAUGUUCCUCAGACCUCUCCUGCCCUUUCCCCAGCCUCCCUCCUGGCCCCCAAGGGACACAGAUGCGAAAGGGUCCCGGGGACUCUGCCCGGCUGUUGGUGCAGACGUGCGAGGAAGGGAUUGAGACACCACAGCUGCAGCGCCAGGCAGUGGAACCAAGUAGUCUAAGCUUUGGCAUGGUCUCUGUUACUAGGACUUCUUCAUGGGUCUCUCAGUUCUAUGUUAGACCAUGAAACAUUUGCAUACACAUCGUCUUCAAUGUCACUUUUAUAACUUUUUUACGGUUCAGAUAUUCAUCUAUACGUCUGUACAGGAAAAAAAAAAGCUGCUAUUUUUUUGUUCUUUAUCUCUGUGGAUUUAAUCUAUGAAACUUUCAGGUCUCCCCUUCUUCCUUUCUGCUCACUCCAAGAAACUUCCUAUGCUUUGUACUAGAGUGUGGUUUUUUUCCUUACUCUUCUCCAGUAACUAAUGCUUCUAGAACAUAAUUUGCCAUGAACUGUUUGAUGCCUUUUUUAAUAAAUACAUCUCCCUUCCCCCACUCCCUGCAACCCCAUUCAUUAUCUUCUAACCGAUAGGCUCUGUGGGCGCAGUGCUGCUCAGGGACUGAGGAGGAUGGGUGGCCAGGACCCGGGUACUGCUGGGCCCUGCCCUCAUCCCCACACCUCCCUGCACACAGCACUGGAGUGAGUGUCUGUUAGCCUGCAAGACAUGCCACAAACUCAGGUCAGAAACAAAAAGAGGUUAAAAAUCUCACACAUCCUGGCUUAGUUUUAUAGUCCCCAUUGUUGAAAGUCACACCUUGGCCUUCCCUCUUUGUUUUGGUUUUGGUUGUCUCUCUCUCUCUCUCACACACACACACACACACACACACACACACACACACACACACAUUCAUUUUGGGAUACAAUAGCAGUUUUAACUGCAGACAGUAGGUAUUUGAGUUACUUUUUAUGGGUACUUAAUCCUACACACACACACACAGCUGCUGAGUCCCCUAGUGGCCCGUCUGCCGUCACCCUGACCCUCACCAGGCCAGCCUGCCUGUCUUGAACCAGAAUGUCUGAAUGGGUGACUUCCAGGUGAGCAAGGUGCAGGGUACCAAUACCCCAUGGCCAGAAGCAGCAGCCUCAGUAGAAUUCUGGAGACCACUCCCAGGUCAGAAGGCCUGAGUGUCAGGCAGAGCAGAGGUGAUCCCACGGUAGCCCCGGAGUCCUUUGCCGGUCCUUAGUUGGAAUUUGUUUUGUUUAGUUUUUAACAAUUUUUACCAGAGUGGUGACAGCGGAGAGUUGCUUCUGGGCUGGAAAUAAUUAAUGUAUGAGUAAGAAAAAAAGCUGGAAGAUGAUGAUUGCAGUUGUGACUGGGGAUUAAACACAGGAAAGGUUGCAGUUCUCUGGCUUAUCUGUAGUUUAAGGUUCAUGGCUCUUAACUAGCCCCACAGUGUUUCCCCUUGACAAAAAGAGAGGCAAAAAGAGGAGAAAAAAUGUUUAUUAAGAAGGUAUUACAUGUAGGAGUUUUAAUUUAUUUCGUGAUACCUGUUUUAAUCACUGUAGAGAAGCCCCCUUUAUGAAUUUAAAUACUGAGGAAAAAGGGUGUGUGUGUGUGUGUGUGUGUGUGUGUGUGUGUGUGUGUGUGUGUGUGUUAGGUGUUAGACGGGACAGUUUUUGCUUUGGGGAGUGUUGUUUUUCAAACAUUUAUCUACCUCACUCUUAUUUUUCAUGUGUAUAUAUAUAUAUAUAUAUAUUAAAAAAUACAUCUCACACUUCUCAGAACCUGACAAUAGGCCAAUGAUACUGGUAACCUCAUCCACACCACAGGCCACAUACCCUGGUGAAGCAGAGAGAGGCCAGGCUGGAUUCUGGGGUCAAAGCAACACUAACUCUCUCAGCCUCCCCCACUCGUCUCCAAAAGCUCACCUUUCCCGGGCAUCUUUGUUUUUUUAUUUUGUUUUGUUUUCCUCACCUGGUUCCCUCAGAGGUUUCCCUGCUUCCAACCCAACACCCCCAUGAGCCUAGAGUACACCAGUGGAGGGGGGGUCCCUUGCCCGUCCUCACCCGGCUGACUUUGGAACAGAACUUUCUUUAUACAGAUCGAAUGACCGACAUAUAUCGCCCCCAAGAGAGAAGAUAACUCCCAGGUUUUGAGGGCAGGAGGCGUCCACACACAGGUUGUCUGAAAGUCCUAAUGUGUGUGCACGUAGGGUCACCUGUUGGCUGGCUCUGCUGCUCCGCUGAGGCCUCCACUGUGGCAGGGGCGUGGCCCCAUUGCUGUCCUGCAUUGGUUUCUCUUAGAGGUACAACCAUGUUGGCAGCUGCAGAGCCCUGCCCUCACCCUGCUUCUGAAAGAAGGCCAGUAUGAUAAAGGGAGGGCCGGGCACAGCCCGCACCCCCUGCAGGCUGCUGUGCUCCCUCCCCCCAGGGCUAAGCAAGGACUGACCAAACCUCCUUGAGGCUGGACAGCCAGUGGUCGGCUCCCAGCCUUCCCUGUGCUUUGCCUCUGUCCAUCCCAUCCCUUUGCUGCUCACGGGGGUGGACAGUGCACUCCUCAGUUCCAGCAGCUGCUCUCACAGGCCCUGGGGACUUUCGUUGGGAAGCAUGGGUGACUUUUCCCGGUGUAGAGAACUGCCUAACAGUUGACGAGUUAAGCUCAGGAGUCCUUUGCCUCCUGCCAGAACGCUGCCCUUCUCGGAGUUCCUAGGAGCUCACAGGGUCCCUGGGAGACACCGUUUGAUCAGGGUUUUCUACUCUAGGUGAUCCCAUGGUAUUGUGGCCUCUCCUCUCUUGCACAUACCUACCGGUUUUCCACAACUGGAUUUCUACAGACAAUUCAGCUGGUUUUAAGGGUUUUUUUUUUUAAUUGUCCAAGUUGUUGGUGUUGUUUGAUGUAGAUUUUUUUCUUUAAGUAGAGAGAAAACACCUAACAGUGUAGUGCCCAUCAUAACAAAUGCUCCAGAAACACUUCAAUAAAAGAGAAGUUUUCUUGUAUGAGGGUGCGGUCGUUUUCGCUGGACCAACCCACCCACCUUGACUAUUGCAAGGCAUCAUGUGUCCACAGUUCUAGCCUGAUUUCAUGCUGAUUUUUCCCACCUCUUCCUGAUUUUUCUCUUUAUAUGCUCCAAGUAAUCUUACCAAGCUGAGCUGUGGCCUUUUCCAUGCAACCUCCUUCCCUGGCGGCAGCCCGCACUGCUUGAAAACAUGAAACAUGAACCACUGAGGCACAUCGUUCGGGGGAUGUGAACAUGAAGGUGUUCUCCCACACAGCCCUUCCUUGAGGCAGCAGGCGCUGAGUUGUGGAGGCACAGUCCGAACCUGAGCUGUGUGACACCCACACAACCCCAUCUCCUUUCAGGAAUGUCAUGACGUUGAUUCUUAGUUGGAAUGAGGCUUCCUCCCUGGAACACAGACUGUUGAAGGCCAUCGUUGGCCCCUCCUUCCAGCCUGUUUCUUAUGACUCGGGACAAUUCAAUGGUAGGAAAAGCAGCUUCCUAAGAGAGACAGGCGAUCGUUGUGAUAUGAGCAGAUGGCAGAGUGUUUGGAAUGCAGUAGUAUUUCUUGGAUGGGCUAACAGACGGAUGAGCUCUGUAUGAUGCCAAGUUCUGAGCCAGUGUGAGCUCCUGAAGCCUCUUCCUUAGCAGCGCACCUCUGUCAGCAGUGGCUGUCCCUGAGGCAAGCAGGCUGAUGUGGCAAGGUCUCACCAAGCUCAGGUGGGUAAGAAGGCUAGGAUGCUUACCCCUGUUACCAUCGUUGGGUCCUCCGAGAGUGGCCACACAGGUGAAGGCAACGCUGUUCCUAAACGUUGGCAUCCUGCAUGCGACAAUACCACCCUGUUGAUAUGCUUUGGCCCAUUUUAACAGUAAUGAAUUUAUGGUUUGGGUUUUUUUUUUUCUUAUGUUACCUUUGUAUUUGUCUGAUGUCUUUUCAUUUCCUGGGCUAAGCAGCACAUUGGGAGACCUGGACCAGAGAGAUCCACUCCUUAACGAACCAGUGAUGAUGGUCAAACUUUCUCACUCGGCUCUGAACUAGGUGGUGGUACAAAUGAGAACUUCAAGACAGGAUGUUUGUUUAAAGUGAACCUCUCUUGCCAGAGGUGCUGAAGAUAGAGGCCUUGGACAGGUCAGGGGGCUUCUUUGGGCCUUCAACUUUGACAUCCGGAUGGUUAUUGAGAGAAGCAAACUCCUUGAUGGAUAAUGGGAUGACCAUGCAGUAGGAAGCCAUGGUGACGGGGAUGGUGACAUGAAGAGGAUUGGGGACAGAGGCAUAAGGGCUCAGAAGAAGCCAGGACCACUUUUGGAUGUGAUGGUUUCUGAAUGUGUGAGACCACGUCAAGGCUGUGGAGUCAUCGUGGGCAUUUGGUUUCAGAUAAUAAACUUAGCAUCGUGCUCUGGGAACUCACAGAGCUAAGUCACGUGUUGGAGAACUCAGACUCCAUCACACUCACCAGCUGAGUUGUCUGGGGCAUGCUAAGGAUUUAUUUUGUUUUGUUUAUGUGAGAGCUUCAUAAUCACUGAUUUGUGUGUCCACAUUUGUGUCUGCAUCUUUCCAGUAAACAUUGUUUUUUUUUUUAAUUAGUCACUCAUUAUCGUUUCCAAUCGGGCUUCUAAGUCCAGUAGAUUACGGGUAGUCAGUUGACGAAGAUCUGGUUUACAAGAACUAAUUAAAUGUUUCAUUGCAUUUUUGUAAGAACAUAGAAUAAUUUUAUAAAAUGUUUGUAGUUUAUAAUUGCCGGAAGUAAUUUAAAAACACUUUUCCCCCUCUGUGUGUGCAAAUAUGUGUUUGUGUUCUUUUUUUUUUUGACACUUGUUUACUAGCUAGCUUUACAAUAUGCCAAAAUAAAAAAACCAAAAAAAUAAAAAACUAAAAAAAAAAUAUUCCCCGCCCCAUCCUCCAGAUCCAAGCCGUGGUUCACUCCCUUUCCCAAAUGCUAUGUGCUCUAGUUUGUAAAAGAAAAAAAAAGAAAAAAAAAAAAAGGAAUGACAGUGGUUUUAAAAGUACUUCUGUAUUCUUCAGUAUCUUGGUCUUGGAACCUUUAGCUGGGGAAGCAGUCACCUUUUACUGAUCAUUUCCCUGUGGAGUGUGCCAAGCCCCUUGCUGGCCAUGGAAAUAGCAAUGUGUUGCCACCCAGCAGUGUGGGUUGGUGUUCACUGGUGGCAUCUGGCUCAUGUGGCUGGUGUUUAUCCUAGUUCUGCAGUGUCAUAGAGGUGGGAGGGUCUCAAGACACAGAAUGGCUUCAAGGUGACCACGCAAACAAUCCUAGUGUGCGAGCCAUUGGCAUGCAUAUGUACAUGCCUCAGAUCCCAGUGAAGGCUGUGCCUACUUGUGUGUAAGGCCGAACACUGAAGGUACAUUUUUCCAGUACAGAACAAACUCUCAACAAAAACCACAACAUGGUCCCCCCCCAAUUUUUUUAAGAGUUAAAAUUCAUGUCCUUCGACUCCCAGUGCAUUAUUGGCCAUGUCUCUAUAGAGUUCCAGAAGAUACCGUUGCUGAAAGCAUCUUGAAUUGUCUAACUCUACAGGGGGAAGGUCUAGGAACUAUUUGUGGGUUGGGUUGCACUGGAUUUGGCUUUUGACUUUCUCAUGGAUGUUGGGCAUUGUGGCAGACACGGGUGGGACAGAUGCCUGCCUGUGACAUCAUCUGUCUGCUUCCUAAACCAGUGAGGUUGGGGGAGAGGUUUGCCAGGGUUUGUCUACCUCUGGGAUUUAAAAAACAAAAUAAAAUCAGAAGGUAUGAGGGAACAGAUGCACCGCCAAUAAUGCAUUUCUGAGUUUUCUUGUUAAAAAUUUUUCUUAAAAAAGAAAAAAAGUUUUAAAAAGAUAUCAAUAUGGCCAAUUUGUUACAUAAAAUAAUUUUCUGUGUAUAAAUUAUUCCUUUAAAAAACCCUCUGUUUAUAUUUUAAAAAAUCAAUAGAUGAAAAAAAUUCAAUGUUUUUGUAUAUUCUGUUGUAAGAAUUUAUUCCUGUUACUGCGACAUACUCGGGAUUCUUUACAUUAUGAAAAAGAAACUUUGUCUAUUUUGAAUGGCUGACGCUAAGGCCACCUGAGUUUCUAUUACUCUGCUUUUUUCUAGUAGGUAAAGUACCACAUGGGUUAAGUUAAAUAAAAGAAUUCUGUAUGCA